AGCUGACUGUACUCACUACUCAGUACUCACCACUCACCACUUGCGGCAGUUUAUUUAUUGUAUGACAGCCGAUGUCGCUAUCGCUUUAGCACGAAGUUCGGGUGCAAGUCUGCCAGACUGUUGGCUCCUGCCGCCACUUCUCAACACCAAAGUAGGAUAGAGCGCGGAACUUACAACACGACAAGUUCUCUCAUUCGGUUCAAAUUUUGAGAAUAUAGUGUGCUCGCAGCUAUUGCAAAAAAAUCUUUUGGAAUGAAACGUAACAUUUUUUCGGCGACUUAAGCGUAGAGGUUCAAUCUUCUAGCUUAUACAUAAACACAGACAAGUGCCAAAGCUGACUUCAAGUAUACUCUACCGACGGUUUUCACGUGGUCUAUCUCAUGUCUCAAAUGCCUGUAAACAUGGAUGUUAGCAGUGGAGGUGGAUAUGGCGAGAUCAGUGCUAUAUCUGAGUUCUACAGAGGCAGAGAGAUUCUAAUCACCGGUGGAACAGGAUUCAUUGGAAAAGUCCUGGUAGAAAAGCUAUUGAGGUCGUGUCCCCAUUUAUCAAAAAUAUAUCUUAUUAUUCGAUCAAAAAAGGGCAAGGAUGUAAGACAACGCCUGAAUGAACUGCUCAAUGCAUCUAUAUUCGACAACAUAAAAAAGCAACAGCCUGAACAACUGGGGAAGGUGAUAGCAGUGCCGGGCGACAUAACACUGCCCGACCUUGGCCUGAGCAACGGCGACCAGGCCAUGCUCACCGAAAAUGUGUCCAUCGUCUUCCACUCGGCCGCCACCGUCAAGUUCGACGAAGCUCUCAAGCCUUCCGUCGCCAUGAACCUACUAGGAACAAAACGUAUUGUACAGCUCUGUCAGAAGUUGUCAAAGCUUGAGGCUCUAAUUCAUGUGUCAACUGCUUACUGUAACUGUAACAUGGAGGUCGUGAUGGAGCAAAUCUACCCUCCUCCAGCCAGACCCGAGGAGAUUAUACACUGUAUAGAGAAUAUGGAUGAAAAAAUACUCGACACAAUAACUCCACAGAUUAUUGGAGAUAGACCUAAUACGUACACAUACACGAAAGCACUGGCAGAGACAGUGCUAUUAGAGAUGAACGGUGAACUUCCAAUUGCUAUUGUAAGGCCUUCAAUCGUGACAGCAGCGUGGCGAGAGCCGCUGGCCGGCUGGGUGGACAACCUGAACGGACCGACCGGUCUGUUUGUGGGCGCCGGCAAGGGUGUCCUCCGAACCCUGCUCUGCCACAAGGACUACAUCACCGACCUCAUUCCCGUCGACAUCGUCAUCAAUGUCAUGAUCGCUGUCGCUUGGAAAACGGCCACAUCCAGGCAAAGGAAACUGAUGGUAUACAACUGCACGACAGGAGUGAGCAAUCCCAUCUACUGGCGUGACGUUGAGCGAUUAAUAAAGGAGAGUAUUCUAAUGCGUCCAUGCGAAAAUGUUAUCUGGUAUCCAGGAGGAAGCUUUAAGGGAAGUCGAUUCUUCAAUUCCAUUUGUGUUGCUCUCUCACAUCUACUGCCCGCAUAUCUCAUGGAUGCAUGCACCAGGAUUGCAGGCAGAAAGCCUAUAAUGGUAACAGUCCAGAACAAACUGCUACGUGCAGCAGAAUGCCUCGAGUUCUUCACCACACACGAAUGGAAGUUCACCAACACAAAUGUGCUGAAGCUGUACGAGUCACUUCCACCAUCGGAUCGCGAGUCGUUCAACUUCAAUGUCAACGAUGUCAACUGGCAAGAAUACAUGCAGCUCUAUUGGCUAGGAAUACGACGAUUCAUUCUCAAGGAGGACACCUCCAACGACUCAGCUGCAAGGAGUCGUCUUAGAAAAGUAUAUUGGAUCCAUCGCAUCAGCCAGUUAGUGUUAUUUCUGCUCGUGUGGCGACUGUUGAUGUUCAGAUCACAGACCAUGAGCAGUGCGUGGUUCUCUUUGUUCAAGUUUGUGACGCAAAUCUCACGACUAUUACUGUCGCAGCUUUCCAUCAGGUAGAGAUAACUUCUGCAGUUUAUAUUGAACAGUAAGUGACCUGAGCAAUGCCACAACAGACAAGAUCAGCUGAGCUGGAUCGCCAUGUACAAGCCGAGUAUCAGUGUGGGAAUUAUUUUAAUAUUGACUAAUUGUACAACAAAUUUGAAAAGACACAUCUAUACUUAUAUUAUACGAUAAGUUACUAUGUACAAGUAUUGGAUAAACAGGAUUUUAGAUACAAAUGACAAAUAAUAAAUGUAGCAAAUAUAUCAAUAUA